AUGUCGUUAAAAAAAAUUACUCAAAGAGUUUUAAGACCUAGAAAUACUUCUGAUGCAAUUGAUUCUACAAGUGAAACAGACAAAAUUGCUAUUCAUUUAGUUGCUAAAGAUGCAAACUCACAAUCUGCAUCAACUCAACAAAAACAAAAGAAUGUAAAUGUUAGAGUUAUUGCAUCAGGAUCACGAUCUAUAAAUAAUAUUGACAAAUCUUGUGAUCCUUUAUGUAUAUAA